GAGGGAAUCGGAUCUUGGGCAAAGCGAGUUUGGUGCUGAAAUUCAAGCCGCCGGCUUAUCGUCCUCAUUCAAUCCCAGGAGCGAGGAAGACUUUGUGGUACUCGAGAAGGAUGAGACUGAUGGGGACGUUGCUCUUGGCAAGAGAAUAAAUACAGAGGAUUCACAAUCACCUGUGACAAGAACAGUUGAAGAAGACCUUCCGCCAACUUCCAGGGUCGCCCCUCGAGAAAAGGUUAGCGAGAAGAAAAGCAGGAGAAGAUCAGACCCACUUCCAGUGGCUUCUGACCGCGUGGAAGAGCGCGCUGAGAGUUCACCCGAAGCCCGUUUUGAGGGGGACACGGGUCCACAUUUGGCUGAAGUGACAGGCAGCAGGUGUCGGCUAAAAGGAGUCGGCCGUGUCGGAGCCGUCUACUCUGGGACAACUGGGAGAGGAAGCGCAGAGCGGGAGCCAAACACGAACGACGACCACAGCAGGAGGCAGGUUUCUAACACGAGCAGGGAGCACCCGUCCACCCGAAGCAACCGCGGCUCCGUGAAGGGAUCAGGAAGCGGCGGCGAGGAUUUAGAAGGCGUGCUCGAUCCAGGAACCCACGAUUCCGAAUUUGUUGCACCAAACAAACGAGCGGCAGCAGGUGAGUGCCAUCAGAGCAGGUUUGCUGGUGCCGUCUCCAUGAGGGCCAAAGGAGGCGGUUUGCGGACCAAGAAAGAGGACAGCGGAGUGUCCUGCAAAGCAGCCGGCUCUCGCCCCCCGAAGGCCGAGUCCCCGAGCUCGGAAACCCCGCCGCCACGCGACGGCCCCUUACUCUCCUUGGAACAAUGCGACUCAAUCCCUCGUCCUCGUCCGCUGCCAGAGAAUGAAGGCUGUGAUGGAAAGAUGACGGUCGCCAGCUUAAAGAGGGAGAGCAAGCUCGUUUGCUUCUCUGCUGUCAUCACCCCGCCGCCCCUAACUCACCUGUUGCCUGAGAGGGACGCGGGGAAACCAAAAACGGUGCCAGAUGCCUCCUGUGAUUCCAAAGACGAAUCCGUGGCAAAGGAAAAGCCAAAAGCUAAAGGUCCACCUCCGCCUGUGCCCAAAAAACCCCAAAACCCAUUUAUAAAGCUCAAAACCGCACAAUUAAGGUCAACUGAGGUGCACAGAAGAGGCAAGGAGCAUUUGCGUUCUGAGGAGAGGGUCAGGAGGAGACACACUUUUGAUUUCUACAAAGGUCUUCCGAGCAACACUCCGACUAAUCAGGACAUGUGCUCGCUGUGGGACGAAAGGGGCUCCUACGCGGCGCCAACCAACAUGCGGCGGCUGUCGGUUGACCUGAGCCCUUGGGAGCAGCUUUCGCUCCAACGCAUGGAUGACCAGUACGGAGACAUGAUCGACUACGAGUACUGCGUGCGCAUGGCACAUCUGUCUCCAGAGGAGGAGCCUCCGAACUUGGACAUGUUGCAGAGAAGAGUGUUCCUGGAGAGGCGAGCCAGAUUCAAAAGCUCGCCUCCUCCCGUUGCGAAAAAGACCCCGAAGAGUUUUGCGUCCGCGGAGACUGUUCACGCACCUGAGGUCGCAUCGUACAAGGACAUCCAAAGACCACAGCCUGCUCACGCAGGAAGGAAAGAAAUUCACCCUGAGCUUCUUUCUGAAAGGGUCAGCGAUGACAACCAUGGUAACUAUGGUAACCGUAAAUGUAACCGCAGUAGUGACCGGGACGCAGGACACUGCAAUGAGGUGGGCUCGUUCAAGCCCGUAGCGGAAAUCAUCAAAGAAACGAAUCAAAUGCAGAGACAUCAGGCACGGGUCAAACCCGAAGGGGCCAAAGCUCCGGUUCGGGUGGCGGAGGAGGGUCCCAGUGUGAAAGUAUCCCAAAUGAAGAAUGCCUUUGAUGUCCCGAAGAAAUCCAGAGAGAGACCACCGGAACCUCAGCAAUUUACAAAGAAAGAUAUGUUGCGGCGCGUCGUGCGACAGAGCAAGUUCCGCCACGUCUUUGGUCAGGCUGUGAGGAACGACCAGUGCUACGAUGACAUCCGCGUGUCCAGGGUCACGUGGGACAGCUCCUUCUGUGCCGUCAACCCCAAGUUCGUUGCCAUCAUCAUAGACGCCAGUGGGGGAGGAGCCUUUCUUGUACUUCCUCUACAAAAGUCCGGCCGCAUAGACAAAGUCUACCCGACCGUGUGCGGCCACACGGGCCCGGUGUUGGACAUCGACUGGUGUCCCCAUAACGACCAUGUCAUUGCCAGCGGCUCGGAGGACUGCACGGUGAUGGUUUGGCAGAUCCCUGAGAACGGGCUGGCGGCUCCUCUCUCGGAGCCCGUGGUCGUGUUGGAGGGCCACUCCAAGAGGGUCGGCAUCGUGUCCUGGCAUCCCACCGCUCGCAACGUUCUCCUCAGCGCAGGGUGCGACAACCAGAUCGUCAUUUGGAAUGUGGGCACGGGGGAGGCCAUGAUCAGCCUGGAGGACAUGCACCCCGACGUGAUCUUUAGCGUCAGCUGGAGCCGCAACGGCAGCCUGCUCUGCACCGCCUGCAAGGACAAGAAGGUGCGCGUCGUCGACCCCCGCAAGAAGAAGGUUGUCGCGGAGAAGGACAAAGCUCACGAGGGAGCUCGACCAAUGAGGGCCAUCUUUCUGGCAAACGGAAACAUUUUCACCACCGGAUUCAGCCGCAUGAGCGAGCGGCAGCUGGCUCUGUGGAAAACCGAAAACAUGGAUGAGCCGAUCUGUGUUCAGGAGAUGGACUCCAGUAAUGGAGUCCUGCUGCCCUUCUACGACCCCGACACCAACGUAGUCUACCUGUGUGGAAAGGGCGACAGCAGCAUUCGGUACUUUGAGAUCACUGAUGAGGCCCCGUUUGUUCACUACCUCAGUACCUUCUCCACCAAGGAGCCGCAGAGAGGCAUGGGAUACAUGCCCAAGAGAGGCCUGGACGUCAACAAAUGUGAAAUUGCGAGGUUUUACAAAUUACACGAGAGGAAAUGUGAACCAAUCAUCAUGACCGUCCCGCGUAAGUCGGAUCUGUUCCAGGACGACCUGUACCCCGACACAGCCGGGCCCGAUCCCGCCCUGGAGGCUGAGGAGUGGUUCGCCGGGAAGAACGGCGGCCCCAUCCUGAUCUCGCUCAGAGACGGCUACGUGUCCACGAAGGCCCGUGAUCUCAAAGUGGUGAAGGCCAACGUCCUGGAGACUAAGCCGGCCGCCAAAGCAGAAAACAUCUCCACCGUGCAGAAGCACGCUUCUCCGCAGCGAGCAGUUAAGGACCAGAAAAUGGAAGACAAACUGGAAGAGGUGCUUCGAGAGUUCAAGUCGCUCAGGGACCGCGUCAUCCUCCAAGACCGUCGAAUCGCCAGACUGGAAGAUCAGGUCGCCAAGGUCGCCAUGUAAGUUUGCAGCCCUGCUUCCCGGGGGGGCGCCGGUUGAUUUGGGAAUCGAAUGGACGAGGGCCAGCCGCCGCCAAAUUCUGAAGAUUCGGCUCCAUUGAGCUUGGCGUCGUCCUGCGAUGAGAACCGAGCCCUACAUUCCAAGAUCAACUUGUUCUUUUCCACAUCAAGUCUCCAGUUCCACACCCACCUUUCUGACACGAGGAGAAAAGGAAAAACUCGCUCUGCUCAUGUACACAUUUGAAGAAAAGACAUUUUUGUUGAAGGAAAAAGUCUUAAUUUUUUUUUUUAAUUGUGGUAAAACAUUCUUAUGUGAAGUUUGUACUUACUACUCAAAAAUUGUAUGUAGCAUCAGAGUUUCCAUUGUUAUCUUAUGUGUUGCCAAAUAUGAAUCGUGUGCCGUUUCAUGCACUGCUUUUACAUUUUAUGUUCUCUCCUCUCAAACAUUCCAAACGCAACCCGGUUGUUUGAUUUAGUCGAGCUGGAUUUUUAAAAAUAUAAUAGCUGUUGAACUUUUCUCCUCCCAUCAGUUUGCUCGUUGAUGAACAUCAGAUUUAUGAAUGUGGAAGAAUUCCUUUUUACGCGUUUUUAGAUUUUAAUUCCCUUUUCUUCUGGGCUUAAAAUGUAACAGUAGGUUUUAUCCGCGGGGGGGGGGGGGGCAUUCCUCUGGUGUAAAUGUUGUGCAAAUGUAGUGGUGCCUCUUGUCACUGUUGAGGGUCCAACUGAAGUCGCCCUUUCCAGUGCAUAUUUUGUGUUUGGAAGGGACCGCUCCCCCCACUUUUGUUUCAAUGAACCCCUAACAAACUGUUCUGUGCACAUAAUAAAGAUUUACACAUGAAAAAUUCGA